UCCCUUCUGGCCAUAUGACCUUUACUUCUCUAUUAUUUAUCUCAAGUCUACGCAGACUAGCAGAGUUUUCAAGGCCUUUCAGAGUGAGCCUCACCGUUCCUGAAGUCUAAGUCCUUUGCACUCUAUGUGGUUUGGUUUUCCUGUUCUGCCGAGGGGGCCUCCCUCCUCCACUCUCCUCGUAGGAGGAGCCUAGGUCUGCUCAUUUCACUACUCUUUCUUUAAAGUCUGGAGGUAUUUGUUUGAUAGCCCUUCGUUAUAUUGCUUAUAUUGAUCUCAAAUUGGUUUUGGUUAUUUGUAAGGCUCUUUAGGGCACGGGACCAUGUUUUAUGCAUGGUCAUGUGGUGGUGCGGGCCUGCAUUGUGGGCAGGGUUUGACUCCACUUUCUAGUCACAUGGCCUUGAGGAAGUCUAGCAUUUACUGUUCUCCCAUGUGAAGUAGGGGAAAUGCUUCCUCAGCUGGGUUGUGCUGUGAAGAUCCUACUCAGUAACUGCCUUAUGCCUGGCAACUCGCUGUACAUCCACGACAAGGACUAGCUAGCUCUGAACAUGUGGCGUUUAUUUGGUAAAUAAAUGCCUGUGGACUGACUUAUAAUGCACCUCAAGUCAUGGCUCAGCGGAGAAGGCCAGAGGACCAGAGUGGCCCUGCACUGAAUCCUUGGCAGAAGACUGCUCUUUGAAAAUAUGUAUUUGGGAGAUAGUUACGUUCUGUUGAAUACCUCGUGCUGGUGCUGCCAUCGAAAAAUCUGGUUACAUUCUGGGGAGGCCUGCUACCAAGGCAGGACAGAACCGCCUCAGUCCUGAGAUGAGUGUCCGGCCGGCUGCAGCAGGCACACCAUGAAUAGAUACACAACCAUCAAACAGCUUGGGGAUGGAACCUACGGUUCCGUCCUGCUGGGAAGAAGCAUUGAGUCGGGGGAACUGAUUGCUAUUAAGAAAAUGAAAAGAAAGUUUUAUUCCUGGGAAGAGUGCAUGAAUCUUCGGGAGGUUAAGUCUUUAAAGAAGCUGAACCAUGCCAAUGUUGUGAAAUUAAAAGAAGUCAUCAGGGAGAAUGACCAUCUUUAUUUUAUCUUUGAGUACAUGAAGGAAAACCUCUACCAGCUCAUUAAAGAAAGAAAUAAGUUGUUUCCGGAGUCUGCCAUACGGAAUAUCAUGUAUCAGAUACUGCAAGGACUUGCAUUUAUUCACAAACACGGCUUCUUCCAUCGGGACUUAAAGCCCGAGAACCUGCUCUGCAUGGGACCAGAACUUGUGAAAAUUGCAGACUUUGGAUUGGCCCGAGAAAUCCGAUCAAGACCUCCAUACACAGACUAUGUGUCCACAAGAUGGUACAGGGCUCCAGAAGUCCUCCUGAGGUCUACCAACUACAGCUCCCCCAUUGACGUCUGGGCCGUGGGCUGCAUCAUGGCAGAGGUGUACACUCUCAGGCCGCUCUUCCCUGGGGCCAGUGAAAUUGACACGAUUUUCAAAAUCUGCCAAGUGUUGGGGACACCGAAAAAGACCGACUGGCCCGAAGGGUACCAACUGUCAAAUGCCAUGCACUUCCACUGGCCCCAGUGUGUACCCAAUAACUUAAAGACCCUGAUUCCAAACGCUAGCAGCGAAGCCAUUCAGCUCCUGAGAGACUUGCUUCAGUGGGAUCCCAAGAAACGACCGACAGCUAGUCAGGCACUUCGCUAUCCUUACUUUCAUAUUGGACACCCGCUAGGCAGCACUGUACAAGGCCUCCAAGAUCCAGGAAAGCCACAGAAAAACAUCUUGGAAAAGGCAGGCCCACAUCCCCACAUCAAACCAGCCCCUCCUGCUCAGCCCCCAACCAAGCCACACGCACGGAUUUCUUCACGACCACAUCAAGCCAGCCAACCCCCGCAGUGUCUCGUGUACCCCUACAAAGCAGAGGCCCCCAGGACAGAUCAGCAGAGCCAUCUUCAGGAGGACAAGCCAAGCCCACUGCUUUUCCCAUCCCUACACAACAAAAUUCCUCAGUCAAAAAUCCUAGCUGGCCUGGAGCACAGAAAUGGAGAAAUCAAGCCAAAGAGUAGGAGAAGGUGGGGUCUUAUUUCUAGGUCAACAAAGGAUUCUGAUGAUUGGGCUGAGUUGGAUGACUUAGAUUUCAAUCCAUCCUUCACCAGGAUUGACCUGAAAAAUAAGAACAGACAGAGUGAUGACGCUCUCUGCAGAUUUGAGAGUGUUUUGGACCUGAAACCCUCCGAGCCCGUGAGUACAGGAAAUAGUGCUCCCGCUCAGACUUCCUAUCAGAGGCAAGACACACCAACCCUGAGAUCUGCAGCCAAACAGCACUACUUGAAGCACUCUCGAUACUUGCCUGGAAUAAAUAUAAGAAAUGGCAUGCUUCCAAAUCCAGGAAAGGAUUUUAUUUCAUCCAAUCCAUGGUCCAGUUCUGGAAAGUCUUCAGGGACAGUAUCAGUAAUCAGCAAGAUAAAUUCAGUUGGUUCCAGCUCUACGAGUUCUAGUGGACUGACUGGAAAUUAUAUCCCUUCCUUCCUGAAAAAAGAGAUUGGUUCUGCUAUGCAGAGGGUGCACCUGGCGCCUAUUACAGACCCUUCCCCUGGCUAUUCUUCCUUGAAGACUAUGAGACCUCACCCUGGGCGACCUUUCUUCCACACCCAGCCUAGAAGCACCCCUGGGUUGGUCCCACGGCCUCCAGCCGUCCAGCCAGUGCAUGGCCGGACAGACUGGGUUUCCAAGUACCCUUCUCGGCGAUGACCUGAGGGCCACGAGGCCCUUCGUGAGGGGAGCAGGACACUCACCUCGGCUGACUGGUGUUCCACCCGCAGCAAACGUGCAAAGAAACAUCUCUGUGGAUGGAUGCAGAAGAAAACCAACCUUUAUAGUUGUUCUUCUGAACUAAGACAUUUCAAUAUUCUUUUUUAAGGUUUUUGGUUUUGAAUAUUGAUUUGAAUGCAAAUACUCUUUUUUGUAUAAAAUUAUUUUAUUCUAAAACUGGGUCCCAUUAUUUUCUUAAGCAAUAGCAUUUUGUAUAUAUGGAUUAUGUUUUAGCAUUUUAUACAGUCAACUUUGUAAUGAACUUUUUAAAGAUUAAGUGAUUUUUUUUUUCCUUUGGGGUUCCAGAUAAUAUUUUAUACAGAUUUUAAAAAAUGUAAUAAUAUUGAUGCAGUAUUGCAACAGGGGUGCAAUGUAAGGCUAUGAGAUAAAGGAUUAUUUACUCAAUAUGUGCAGAUAUCUUGAAGUGGUUACAUUUUAAGUGUGGCUCACUAGGUACUUCAGGCUUUCUUAGACUGACCUUAGGUAAUUGACCCACUGCUUUUCUUAAUAGCCUGUCAUUGGUUUGAUUUUUUUAAGUGCCACUGUGCUUUUCUAAAUGUACUGUUAAUAUAAUUCGCUUUGCUUUAUUUUUAUUCCCCAAAACAAAGAACUCUACAUAAACAAUGUGUUGAAAUUUUUGCAACACCCUUGAAUGUGAUUGCAUAUUACAAUUUUGCAUUAUAAAAUCCAAAUGAAAGCCAACUUACACUAAGUGGUCACAUUCUAUUUUUUUCCACUUUGAAACCAAUAAGUACGUAUAAUAAGGAAGCUUUUUAUGUCAUCAAGUUCUCAAAAUAAAGGUUAACAUGGUCAGUUAAACUUAAAUCCCUGCCAAGAUGAAUGAGCAAAAAUCUAAGUUUCUAAGCAACAAACAAUUUUUGGUUUUAAUAAGUUGGGAUUUUACAUUCAGCUCAGUUCUCCAGACAUUGCUAGGAGCAGCUCGUAAGUAAUCUGUCUAGGCAAAUUCUCAGCACCAUUCGGGGAGCAGAAAAGACUUAGGGCAGGGGUCCCACUUACCUAGGAAGUCGCAGUUGCCACGAUGUUAGUGUGCCACACCUGAACUCCUAACUUGUACAGUUUCUUUCAAGAGUGAGAACUCUGUUUGUUGGGCAGAGGCUGUUCCAUUGAGAGGAAUGUUUACAGCAAUUUUGCAAAUGACAAAGCUAGUUUGGAGACAGAAAAAGACAGAAAGUUCACUGUCAUCCAUCCCUUUGUGGCACACCCACGUUAAUAUAAUGUAAUCUCAACAGUGCAUUGACUCACAUUCUCUCAGGGUUUAAACUACUCCCUCUGGGCUCCAGGUUCCAGCAUAUGGCAAGGCAAACCAUAGAAAGUGAUCAUUUUUAUAGGUUACAGUGGUUCAAUCUAGUAAGUUGGUAAAUGAUUGCUUUAGUAUGUUCAUGUAACCUGAACAAUUACCUUAACUUACAAAAGGCUCUAACCCCCAAUCAGGAAGUAGUUUAUGUUUUGGAGAGAGUCUGACUCAAAAAUACACUUGAACAAGCACUAUGGGGCUGAGGAGCGUGGGAACAGCACGAAAGGGUGUGCACUUGGUGGGUAAGUUUCCUGUUAACGGACUGGCGGCAGAGCUUCAGAAACUAUAUGCAAGCACAGCUUGAAGCUGAAUUCAUUUCUGUAUUAUAUUCCCAACUCAUUUUCUAAAGUAACAGAAAAUGUGUUCUCAGAGAUGAGUCCUCGACUGUGACGUUAAUAUUUAUUUUCUCUUCCUGUAUUAUAUAUAAAAAGUAAAAUAGUCUGAAACUCGGCCCAGAUUGCUGGAAAGCUAGUUUGAAACUGUAAAUACCCCUUAGACACUCAAAAGUAUUGUCAGUAUCAUAUUCUCUAUACUCUAGCUUGUGUUAAUUAAGAUUAUCACAUUUUUAAAUUGAAAAACCUAGUUAACCUAGUUAUUACACAUUAUAAAAUUGUUUUCCUGAUACAUUUGUAGGGCCAACCUACAGAGAAUAUUUCAUUUUCUUCCUUUUAUUGUGUCCUUUGUUUACCAGCAAACAACUGCUAAGCACAUUUAUUAACAUGAAAGUCAAAAAACAGAAGUGCCACUGAGAAAACUAGAAGACUGACAAUUUAAGUUCUAAAGAACUAGCAAAAUCCUACAAAGUACUCCCUUCUCUGAAUAGGUAAAGGACAAAUUGGGUAUGCAAGCUAUGUUGUAUAGAAAGAAAUAGUGAUCAUUUUUAAGUGAAAAUAAAAUGUUACCUGUUGCACAUGUUUUUAGUCACUGUAGAAGUAUAAAAUGAAAUGCAAGACACCCCAGGAGUGAUGAGUUUAACUGUACCGAUCCAUGCCUAUACCUCAUUUGUGGUCAGAAAGCUUUCUGGGAUGUCAUGGUACACACAGCGACUCUCGUCCCGUACCCAAAGGUUUGGUUGCAAGCACAGCAGAGAAACUGCAUUUUCACAAAAGCUAUUCUUGGCAUGAUUAUUCACUUUGCAGUAAAAUUCCAUUAGUCACCAAGCCCAAGUGCGGUAGGAUUUGAGUUGGCAGAAAAUUGAUCUUUAAACAAUUUUUUAGUGGAUACAUCUGCAUCCAGCUAAAACUGUGACAGUGUCGUCUUCUAGAUUGUAAAGUCUUGAAUGCAAUCACUGUAACACGUCCCACAAAAUGAGAAUUGCUCUUUUUUUUUUAAAUUUGUUUUGGUGGCACUGGGGUUGAAUUGCUAUUUUUAAGUGCAAAUUCAGGUACUGUUGGAAUGAAUGGCCACCAUGUUUUCUUAUGAAAUAGCAUUUCUCAAUCAUAAAGCCAUUGUUUUGUGCCAUUUAAAGAAGGGAGAAGAAAAGGAAUGCAGGCUGUAAGUUUCAACCAAAAGCAAUACGUUUAUAAGAAAACAUUUUGACAUACUGUUUUAUAUUAUUUUAAGCAUACCGUAGCAACUUGUUUGUUUAAUAUAUGUGGAUAAUUUUUAGAAUUGUGUUUACAGCUUCCAACCAAAUGUACUAUAUGCUAUGUAAUUUAUUGUGAGGGCCUUCUAAUGGAAAUCAUUAAGAAGACAAACCGGGACUAACCUCAUGUUAAUUGGUGUUGCUGGUUUCUUAAAGACACAGUACUAACGUGAAUGGAACUUGACCUGAACAAAAGUCUUCUGAUCUCAGCUAUCUCGGUACAGAUAUCAGUUUAGUGACAUGGUUUGAUUACAGCAGAGUAAACAAGAAUAUAUUUAUUUAUAAAGCAUAUAUUCAGAAUAAUGAGAAGAUAGCAGGACAAAAAAACCACUGAAGCAAGACCCUUCUGAAAUAAAUGUUGCUUUUUGAAUAAUUUCUCCUAAGGUGUU